CUCCAAACUCUAUCAAAGAUUAGAGUGGAAAAGUGCCAUAAAUUAAAAAAUUGUUUCCUAUCUCCAUAGCUCGGGGUUUUCAACAACUGGAAGACCUACAAGUAAUUGAUAACUCUGAAUUAGAAGAAAUAUUUGGAGAUAAUGAUGUGAUUGAUGAGAAAGAAAUCCAGUUGCCUCAACUUCAGUGUUUGCGCCUGGAAGAUUUGCCAAGACUCACCAACUUUUGCCAUGUGGAUAUCAUUCAUAUUUCCAAAACUUACUGAGUUGGAUGUCACACGUUGUCCAAAGAGAAGUACAAGAUUUUCAUGGGAUGAAGAUAAUAAAAGUGUGCAUGCGGAAGCAAAGGCACCCAAAAUAAGAAGCCACGAUGAAAGUCAUCAAGAGCAGGCACCCAAAAUAGGUAGCCAAGAAGAUCAUCAAGAGCAGGCACCUGAAAAAGGAAGUGAAGAUGAAAUUCAUGAAGAGCAGGCAUCUGAAAUGGGCAGUGAAGAUGAUAGUCAUGAAGAGCAGGCAUCUGAAAUGGGCAGCGAAGAUGAUAAUCAUAAGAGACGUCUACAGAUCUCUGGUGCUUGAUGAUUUUGAAGAAUUACCUCGGUACAUAAAAAAUAAAGAGCUUUAUUCCGAUUCUCAUCCAACAGAAUGAAGAAAAUAACACUGAAACUUAGAAACAUGCUCAUCAUUUCUAAUCAGUUGGCUCCACUGAAUCCAAUGAAUAUCACUCUGUUUGAAGGGAAGCAAAAAAAAUGUAAUUAUAAACUUUGUACUUCACCUCUUCAGUACUUCUGUUCUGCUGCUACAAUCUUUUCAAUAUCUACUGCUUCGUUUUACUCCUGCUUCAAAUUCUCUAUUACUCAUCUUCUACUACUGCUGUAACUUCUUCUUUACCUUCACUAAUUGCUUGCCCUUUCAAAUA